AUGGAUGAUGCAAUAUCCAAUGUCAACCAAGUCACCUGUAACAACAAGAACACGAAUAAUAUUCAAAACGUCGAUUACUUCUUUUUGAGAGCCAUUCAAAUGUGCGGCAUCUGGGCUACAUUCGGCGCUGACGGGGGCUUAAGUCCGACCUGUAUAAAAUGCUUCGCGGCAAUAGUGCACCGCGGCCCGGAUGCGUGGCGGAUCGACCAGGACUCCCGUGAACCGCUAGCAGUACUUGGCUUCCAAAGGCUCGCCAUCGUCGACGGGCUGCAUGGUAUGCAGCCGAUGCGCUUGCACUGCUUCCCCCGUGUGACUUUAAUUUGCAAUGGCGAGAUCUACAACUGCCAGCGUCUCCGCGACCAAUACAAUUUCCCGUACGAAACGAACUGCGACGUGGAAGCCAUCAUCCAUACGUACAAAAAAUUCGGUAUAGCCGACACAGUGACAAAGUUCGACGGGGUAUUUUCAUUUUGCCUGAUUGACGGGGAGGCGAAGAAAGUCUUCAUUGCCCGCGAUCCGUAUGGUGUCCGUCCACUGUUUAAGUUGCAAGACGACGGAAAUGGUUUCAUGGCUAUUUGUUCCGAAGCGAAGGGCUUGAUAGGUUUGAAGCAAAAAGCCGGUGAGAACUCUAGUUUAGGUCAGUUCCCCCCCGGCCAUUUCGAAGUUUGGAGUUUAUUAGAGAAUGGGAAGGUAAAACUGGAUAAUACCGUUAAGUAUUUUACUCCAGGAACUCCCCCUCGUUUUGUGCCAUAUGUAUCCACAGACGAAUUAGCGAAGAUGAACGAUCUGUACGAGAAGACAGCGUAUUUAUUAGAAGCCGCUUGUAAAAAACGACUCAUGUCUGACCGACGAAUUGGAUGCCUCCUAAGCGGUGGGCUAGACUCUUCUUUGAUAACUGCUUUAGUCGUGAAACUUGCUAAAGAACAUAAAUUGCCUUAUAAAAUUCAAACAUUCGCGAUCGGAAUGGGUGAUUCGCCCGAUCUUGUUGCGGCCCGUACGGUCGCUCAAUACCUGGACACCGAGCACCACGAAGUAAUGUUCGACGAAAACGAUGUCAGUAAAGCGCUAGACAACGUGAUAUAUCAUUUGGAGACGUACGAUAUCACCACAAUACGAGCAAGCUUGCCUAUGUACCUACUAUCCAAGUACAUCAAAGAGAAUACAGAUACGACCGUCGUUUUUAGCGGUGAAGGCGCAGAUGAAUUAGCUCAAGGAUACAUUUAUUUCAGAGAUGCGCCAUCAAUGACUGCUGCACAUGACGAAAGCAUUCGCUUACUAUCCGAUAUUUACUUAUACGAUGGUCUUCGAGCUGAUAGAACAACCAGUGCGUUUAGUCUUGAACUCCGAGUUCCAUUCUUGGACAUACAGUUUACACAUCAUUACCUCAGCAUUGAACCCAAACUGCGCCAACCCCAAAAUGGUGUGGAGAAACACCUGCUGCGGAGCAGCUUUGCAAAAAGUGGCCUAUUGCCAGAUUCAAUUUUGUGGAGACACAAAGAAGCUUUCAGCGACGGAGUUGCAUCAGUGAAAAAAUCUUUGUUUACAACCAUCUCCGAGGUCGUUGCGGAAAGAUUGACCGACGACAACCAAGAAUUUAAAGGUCUUCAACCCACGACCACUGAAUCUAAAUACUACCGCUACAUAUUUGAGAAAUCAUUUCCUGGCCAACAUAACUUUACUCCCUACUACUGGAUGCCUAAAUGGGUUAAAGUAUCAGAUCCUUCUGCGAGAUUUAUUAAACACUAUGCUGCAAAU